AGCCGAGCGAGCGAGCGAGCGAGCAGCGAGAGAGAGAGAGCGCCGGGAGGGAACGCGCACCAGCGCCAGGGCAGGAGCGCACGGAGCACACUGCGAGGCGCCUUGGAGAGGCUUCUGGGACACUCACGGCGCGGGGACUUUGGAGAGCGCCAGGAGCCCCCACGCGCGAGCGCGGGGCAGUGUGCAGGGAGCGCUCGGCGCUGCACCUGUUCCUCCCGCGCCUUCGCCUUCGCCUUCCCUCGGAGCCGCGCCCGCCCCGCUCUCGCCCAGACAUGAAUUCGGUGCUGGGCAACCAGACCGACGUGGCGGGCCUGCUCCUGGCCAACAGCAGCGAGGCGCUGGAGCGCGCCGUGCGCUGCUGCACCCAGGCGUCGGUGGUGACCGACGACGGCUUCGCCGAGGGCGGCCCGGACGAGCGCAGCCUGUACAUCAUGCGCGUGGUGCAGAUCGCGGUCAUGUGCGUGCUCUCGCUCACCGUGGUCUUCGGCAUUUUCUUCCUCGGCUGCAACCUGCUCAUCAAGUCCGAGGGUAUGAUCAACUUCCUGGUGAAAGACCGGAGACCGUCCAAAGAGGUGGAAGCGGUGGUCGUGGGGCCCUAUUGACCGGGCCCUCCCGUCCAGGUGGCGGCAGGCAUCCGCAUGCCUCCCGCCCCUCGCCGGCCCCGCUGCGCCCCUCAACCAUCACAGACCCGGCCCAGCAGACCUGUCGGGGAGUCCGGGAUUUCUCGCGACUAACUUCUGCCUUCCGGGAACAAGUGACCCACUUCUGAUCGCCCUCCGAAAGGCCCCAGCCAGGCUGGGGAAGAAAAGCACCCUGACUUCUCGACCCAGCAGCAGGUGGCAAAAGAGGAGGAUGAGGGCGCAGAACUUUGGAAGCUGCUGGUGGCCUGAGAGACUGGGAGGACCGACGGGGCGAAGGCCGCCUUCCACCUGCUGCAGGGGGCUAGCGUCCAGCUCAGCCCGGGACAAAGACCCAGCAUAGAAUUCCUAGCUCGUGACUGCACGGUUUACGCCACAAAAGUGCUCUUGAUAUCCGUGACACCGUUUCGACUUUAUUUUUUUUUCCUUAUUUAACGUUUCCUUAAUAAAUGUAACAUUCAAGUGC